GGUGCAGGGCAUAAUUUCAAAAAAGUUAAGUUCUGCUUUACUUUAUUCAAAUUCGAAGCGACCAUUGCUGGGCAAUGAACAAUUACGUCGAUCAUUAUAAGAUACCCUCUUAACGGCCAUGACCACGCAAAAAUUCGUUGAAUGCGUGUUGAUGACCUCUAUCUAUCUUUAUGUUAUGGGUGAGCAGAGCUCUAGUGCGGAGUUUCGUUGGUGACGUCUGUCGGGUAACCGCCCCAUUCAGUCAUCUCCCUGCUGCAUAGAUCGCACACAGGAACCUGGACCAAACGUGGCGGAAUUUCAAUUUUUGAUCCAUCAUCGCUAUGGGAAUUAAACCAUUCUUUCAGAACCAAGCUCUCAUCCCAUACUAUCUGAAGCCAGUCCACUUCGAGACACAGACUAUAAAAAACUGCCGGUUGAAGGAACACCAGCAGUAGAUUAUUUCUUGAUGCUGAUGCAGGGAUGAUGUACCACCUUGUGCGAUGAGAAGUAGCCUAAUGUUUGCUCAGAAUUGGAGAUGGGCAUUUACUAUGCUGUCCUGACUGAUUUGGGGAAAAUGCUCCGGAAUAUGUCAGUGUUUUAUAUAUUUGUGGUGCUAUUGUACAGUGUGGUUAGGCAGGUCUCCAGCCAGCCUCUGAUACCCAACAUCUCUGACACUGAGACAGACGCCCUAUCCGCCCGCCACUACUACCACAUAGACCCCAGCACGGGCAGUCAGCUGGUCUGUGACAAGUGCCCCGCGGGCACCUUCGUGUCCAGACACUGCACCCAGACGAAUGUGAGGGAGUGCAGCCGCUGCAAUGAGGGCACAUUCACGCGGGGCGAGAACGGUGUCCUGCAGUGCCACCGGUGCAGGAGGCCAUGCCACGCCUCCUUCAUCGAGAAGGUCCCCUGCACGGCCACCUCGGACCGGGUCUGCGUCUGUCCCCCGGACCACUUUGCCCGAGCGGACACCUGUACACCCCACUCCCUGUGUCCGAUUGGCUCCGGGGUGAAGAAAAGAGGCAGCGAGGUGGAGGAUGUGCGCUGUAAGGUCUGUGCCCGAGGGAGCUUCUCAGACAUGGCCUCCAGUGUGUUGAGGUGCAGGGCACACACCGACUGCCAGGCCCAGAGUCUGAACAUACAGACGCCAGGCACCAGAGAGAAGGACAACGUCUGUGGACCUGCUUCUCCCCCCUCCCCUAGCAUCCUGGUGAAUUCCACUUCCUCUUCACCGGGCCCAGCUCAGCAAGACACUUUUAUCCGAACAGCAGGUGCUGAGGACCUAGAGCUCUUACUGAGUAUCGCCGGGACUCUACCCAGCCGCGGCCAGGACCCAAUUGCAGCGGGCUACUCCGAGGCCGGCCCCGAAGACGACGGAGGUGUCCUGAACCUUGCCGCCACGCCUGGAGCUCAGUCACACACAUUACCACACAGCGAGCGCUCCGUGCCCAACGAGAGCCAGCCCGUGCCCUCAGCUGCCAAGAAGCAGGCCACGGACGGCAUGGAAGAUGCGUCCGACGUGGGCCGAGGUGCGCAGGGCUCAGGUUACAGGCCCAUACGGAGGGGCUCCCCCAGGCCCAGCACUCACAGGCACUUUGACAUCAACGAGCACCUGCCCUGGAUGAUCGUCCUGCUGCUGCUACUGGUGCUGGUGGUGAUCGUGGUGUGCAGCGUGAAGAGGAGCUCCAGGGUGCUGAAGAAGGGGCCCGUCCAGGACCCCAGCAGCAUCAUCGAGAAAGCCAUCCAGAAGAAGACCUGCCCCCCGACCCAGACUAAGGAGAAGUGGAUCUACUACUCCAAUGGACAGGGUGUGGACAUCCUAAAGUUGGUGGCAGCUCAGAUUGGCAGCCAGUGGAUUGACAUGUACCAGUCCCUAGCCAAUGCUACGGAGCGCGAGGUAGCAGCCUUCUCCAAUGGCUACCAGUCGGACCAUGAGCGGGCAUAUGCAGCCCUGCAACACUGGACCAUCCGUGACGGAGAUGCCAACCUGGCCAAGCUCAUCAACGCCUUGCAUCGUCACAGACGCAUCGACGUGGUUGAGAAGGUACGGGGCAUCAUGGAAGACAAUCCUCAGUUUGAUCUGUACCAUCUGAUGACGGCUGUGAAUGUAUCCCCAAGCCACGGUCCUGUGCACAAGCCUUCCGAGUCCUCUGGGGUGGUGGUGGAGCAGUCUCCUGUGGACCGGACUAAGGGUUUCUUCCCCGACGAGUCAGAGCCGCUGCUCCGCUGUGACUCGACCUCCAGCAAAGACUCUGCCCUCAGCAGGACCGGCUCCUUCAUUACCAAAGAGAAGAAAGACACGGUACUGCGUCAGGUCCGGCUGGACUCGUGCGACCUGCAGCCCAUCUUUGACGACAUGCUGCACAUCCUGAACCCUGACGAGCUGCACGUCAUCGAGGAGAUUCCCAUGGCUGAGGACAAACUGGACCGCCUCUUCGAGAUUGCAGGGGUCAAGAGCCAGGAGGCCAGCCAGACCCUGCUGGACUCUGUCUACAGCCAUCUGCCUGACCUCCUGUAGUUCCCCAGCUGUGGUGCUACAGACCUCUACUGUGGUCAGGGGACACCCCACUCUUUUCUGCUGCAAACCCAUUCCAGCCUAGUUUGGCUUUCUGGGUGUGGAAUUAUUUCUACCCCCCCCCCCACCCCCCCAGAUACUAUGAGGUAAGAUAGGGAGAUUGCCUACUCGCUGUCAUGACCUCCAAUGGGUUCCUCUUGGCUGUCCUUCAUUCUAGCAGUCGGACUGAGUCUCCAACUGCUUCGAUGGGUAGGAAGCCUCUUUCCCUCUCUAUGUCCCUGCUGUUCUCAGCUAUCCUUCCCACACCCAAAGCCAGUCUGCCUGGGGGAAGGGCAAGACAGAGGGGACAGGCACCUCAACACAACCAACAUCACCACUAUGCUCAUUAAACCACUGCUAUUGCCCUUGUGUCAAUGUAGCUUUGAAAUAGUGUUAUCUUCACAUUAUGGAGCUUUUGUGGGUGUAUCAGUCAGUGCUAUAAACCAAUAUUGACUCAUUCAUAGAAGCAAAGCCACUCAGACUCAUCUAACAAAGUCAUAUUACGACGCACGCUCAUGAUGCUCAGUAUCUAACAUUAUUAAUAUUCCUAGAAGUAAUGCACUAAAUUCUUGUUCUUUGAGUAACAAAACCAUUUAAUCUGUAUUCAUUCUGCCACAUGUGCUUCAAUCGUCUCUUUGAAAUGCUGUUUAAUAUCAUAUAUUGUUUCCGCAUUUAUUUUCAUCAUUGUCAUUUGUAGCAUUUUAGCGUCUUGAUUUCAAAGCAACUAUGUUUGUCAGGAUUUUACGGGCAUUCUGAUGUUUCCCCGCUAGGUGUGAUAAGACCAUCUUACUGGAAGUAAGAUAUGCAUAGUUGCUACAUAUUCUACUUGAAUCUGACUGUCACCUUCUGGACUGUGGUAACACACUGAAAAAGAAUGAAGAUAAACCUAUAAUAAUUCCAUCUGAAUUCCACAUCUUCAAAAAGCACCACCAAAAACAUUUUGCUGUGAAGUGUCAUUAUCCAACUGACAGAUACUAUGGAAGGAAUGCAGCCAAGCCAGUCAUAUCAAGCUACUCUGGUGCUAGACUUGAACUUAAUUGUUUGUGUGUAAAACCGGCACAACAUAGGGGACUAGGUCAGUGGCUACUAAAGUAUUCUGAAGAUGUGAUGGGUGAAGAAGAGCCUGCAGAGUAAGGAGAAGCUGCUUCGGGAAUAAAUACAAAAGUGCUGUUUGAGAAGCCCACGUCUCUGUUGCGUAACAGUGUGAGCUUAUAGAGCAUAUAGUACAUGUCUGAAAUGUUGAAGAUUUAAAAACAUGUACUCUGGUGGCUGUUUUAAAACUUAUCACAUGUAACCACUAAGUUUACUAUUAUGUAACCUCUUAAAUCAACCAAUUAAAGUUCAAGAGUUUGUA